AUGGACCCUGAGCGCUGCACGCCUUUCGCUGUGGGGCCCGCGCCGGGUCCCUAUGCGGCCGCUGGGGACGAGCCUCCAGGCCCGCAGGGAACUCCCGACGCGGCGCCUCACCUGCAUCCCGUGCCACCCCGAGGCCCGAGGCUGCCCCGUUUCCCGGCCUGCGGGCCUCUGGAGCCCUACCUCCCAGAGCCGGCCAAGCCGCCCGCCAAGUACCUGCAGGACCUCGGGCCCGGCCCCGCGCUUAACGGCGGCCACUUCUACGAGGGCCCCGCGGAAGCUGAGGAGAAAGCCUCCAAAGCCGCCACCAGCUUCCCCCAGCUGCCCUUGGACUGCCGAGGGGGGCCCAGAGACGGGCCCUCUAACUUGCAAGGCUCCCCAGGCCCCUGCUUGGCCAACCUACGCGUCCCUGUUUCCCCGGGACUCCCUGACUCCAUGGAGUUGUCCAAGAACAAGAGCAAGAAGCGCCGGAACCGCACGACUUUCAGCACAUUCCAGCUGGAAGAGUUGGAGAAAGUCUUCCAGAAAACUCACUACCCUGACGUGUAUGCCCGGGAACAGCUGGCUCUGCGCACUGAUCUGACUGAGGCCCGAGUACAGGUCUGGUUCCAGAACCGCAGAGCCAAGUGGCGGAAGCGUGAGCGUUAUGGGAAGAUGCAAGAGGAGCGGAACCCUUUCACUGCUGCUUAUGAUAUCUCGGUGCUGCCUCGAAGUGACAGUCACCCCCAGCUGCAGAACUCAAUGUGGCCCAGUCCAGGGUCGGGUAGCCCAGGGGGUCCAUGCCUCGUGUCUCCAGAGGGCAUCCCCUCUCCAUGUAUGUCUCCAUACUCCCACUCUCAUGGGAAUGUGGCUGGCUUCAUGGGGAUGCCAUCCUCCCCUGCAACCCACCCUGGCAUCUACUCCAUCCAUGGAUUUCCUCCUGCCCUGGGGGGCCAUAGCUUUGAGCCUUCCCCAGAUGGUGACUACAAGUCUCCAAGCCUUGUCUCACUCAGGGUGAAGCCCAAGGAGCCUCCCAGUCUGCUGAACUGGACCACGUGA